UGCUCCCGAAUAAUAUUACGAGUUGUUAAACCUUUAGACACCAGAGCGCGCGAAUCGUGAAGAACUCGGGAGCACUCCUCUGCUCUCUUCUUAUAUGAAGAGACAUGCAGCGGUAACCCACGCGUGGCUAAACUUUAAACACUCGUGUGGGAAUUAAAGGGCGUCAAAACGUGUUCUCGCGGGUUUUUAUUUCUGCCAGGAUGACGGCUAAAACUCUGGAGAAGGUGCCGAUGACUCUCGGGGGGUUCGAGAACGUGUACUCCGUGGACGACAUCGCCGGCGGCUUGCCCCCGUCAGUUGCAAUUUUUCCCAACUCUGACAUGGGGCCAAAUUACGACCAGAUCAAUGUAGCAGCAGAUCCCCUAAUGGGCGCAGAGAUGAGCACAGAGAGGCGUUCUCUGGACCUCUCAUCUUACUCCGGCGGUUUCUCCCAACCUUCCUCACACCGCAACCAGACCUUCACCUACAUGGGGAAGUUCUCCAUCGACUCCCAGUAUCCCGCAAACUGGAACCCCGAGGGAGUCAUCAACAUCGUCUCGGGAAUCUUCAACGUCGCCCAUCCUCCUCCUCCUCCUCCUCCUCCAUCUACGUCAUCGUCCUCUUCUCCGGCUUCCUCUGGUUCUCCCUGUCACUUUUCAAGCAGAAAUUUGAGUUGCACCAUGGCUGCGGCCCAUCAGAACCAAGUUGAGAUCGAGCAUCAUCAGCUGUACUCUCCUCCGCCGCCGUAUUCCGCUGCCGCCUGCGCAGAAGUGUAUCAAGACCCAUCGGCGUUUCUCUCCACAUCCACCUGCCACAUUGCCUCUUACCCGCCCCCCUCGUACUCGUCCCCCAAGCAGCACAGCGGCCAAGACGUUCCGGGGCUCUUCCCAAUGAUCCCCGACUACCCCGGUUUCUUCCAGCCGGCUUGCCAGCGAGACAUGCACGCUCCAAGUAUCCCAGAUCGGAAACCCUUCGGCCCGUGUUCUCUCGAUACAUUCCGCGUCCCUCCACCUUUGACCCCGCUGAACACGAUCAGAAAUUACACGCUGGGUGGUCCAAGCACCGAGGGGGGAGCCCCGGCGCGGCUCCCCUCUGCAUACAGCCCCCAGAAUCUCCCACUGAGGCCCAUCCUGCGACCCAGAAAGUAUCCGAACAGACCCAGCAAGACGCCGAUCCACGAGCGCCCAUACCCGUGUCCGGCGGAGGGUUGCGAUCGGCGCUUCUCUCGCUCCGACGAGCUCACAAGACACAUUCGCAUCCACACCGGACAUAAACCGUUCCAAUGCAGGAUUUGCAUGCGGAACUUCAGCCGCAGCGACCACCUCACCACUCACAUCCGCACGCACACGGGGGAGAAGCCGUUCGCCUGCGACUUCUGUGGGCGCAAGUUCGCCAGGAGCGACGAGAGGAAGAGGCAUACGAAAAUCCACCUGAGACAAAAGGAAAGGAAGUCCUCCGCUGUCUCCGCGUCGUCCUCUUCCGCGUCCAUCGGCACCGCUUUAGAGCGCUCGAGCAGCAUCGGCGCAACCAACGGGAUUUGUGCUUAGGUGGGACACGCAUGCCGGUACUUACCCAACUCAUUUUUUUUAAACCUUACGAACUGAUGGUUAACGAAUUUGCACGCUCGCGACUGAGAAUUGUUGCAUAAAUGCGCUCAACCACUCUUCAAAAUGACAGACUGUCAUAAAUGCACUUUGUCAGCACAGUCUACUGAACAUACAUUCUCAACAAAGGCGGUUGUUUUAUAUGCGUGUUGGAAAAAAAAAAGAGAGAAUUUCAUGAGAAAUAACUGCAAUAACAUUUCUAAAGUAAAUCGUCCAAGUUAUUGAAACGGUGUUAAAUCCUAACGCGCAUUUCCCGUUGUGCCUUGUAUGUUUCUGAUUUUAGGGACUCUAACGUAGUGUAUAUUUUGUUCUUAUGUAAAACUUGGAAGACAUAUAUUCUAUUUUUGUAUUCAUCUCGUCUCGUGUCAUGCUAAAUAGAAUGGCAUCAAUAGCCUAUUAUACGUGUCGUUCAAUUGUAAAACAAUAAUGUAGUGUACAGACAAAACUUACAUGCUUGUUGUGGGAUUUAUUAAAUGGAUGCAAAGCACACAUUUGUUUUUGUUCAUAACCCAUGCAAAGUAUGGAUGGGUUAAUUAAACCCCCCCCACCCCCACCGCCACCUCUUCUCUGAAAGUGGUAAGUACGGAAAGUGGUUGCGUGCAUGACAGAAAAAAGUCUUAUAAACAUGUUGGAAAUAAGAUGCGGUCAAUCCCACGUGUAAUUGUGCCAUAUAUGGUGUUUGUGACUCAUCAUCUUCACCCACUCUUGUUAAAAAGACCUUAACUGUGACCUUUCAUGCCAAGUGCUUUUGUUCCAUCGCAAAAAAUAGUCUCUCAGUUGUGUGACCCACGCAUCCAUCCGCUGCCCGGUGGCAGU